GCCGCUCGCAGAGGGGUUUACAUGAACUCGUGAUGGACAUGUAUGUGUCUCCAUGAAUCGGUUCGGACUUGUGUCUCAUUCAUCACUCACGGCAGGCCAAUUCUAUCAUCCCAUUCGACAGAUCCUUGACUGAAAAGCCGAGAGUCUCGAUUUCCGUCCUGUAGUAAUCAUGACAUGCACCACACGUUCUCUCAGUGCUGAGGAUCACACUGAACCCAUACCUGAGCUUGUCAGCUGCUUGGUAGUCUUUGACUGAUUUCGCCUUAGCCCUCUCCUCGACAAGGAGCAAUAUCUCAGCUGGAAAACCUGCAGGCGGUGCAGGUUUUCCGACACACGCGGAUGGUUUUGUCUGCUCUGCUCUCUUUGCCCAUCCCAUUCUCUCCCCCUCCGCCCUCACCUUCCAGCAUCUCAGGCAGGUCCACUCUGGGGUCGAGACGUAUUGUCUCGCUUGUCUCCCCUUCGGAGGUGCCGUCCUCUGGGGCCCCACCCCACUCCACUGGAUCGUACCACAGGCCAAAGACGCUGUCCAUCCGGUCCAGGGCGCUGCUCACACCCUUGAGACCUUCGCCAAGCAGAGCGCCUUGACAUUCCUGCAGCGCCCUCUCACAGGUAGCGAUGAGUUUGAACAUGGCUGCAAAGGCCCUGCACACAGGAAGCAUGAAGUCCAUUGAUUCCUCUCUGCCCCGUGCGUGCAGCUCUGAGCAGUCUACACGUACCUGGGUGUGUUCAAGUCGUCAAGCAGAUGGGCCUCGAAAUCGUUGACGCACUCGCUGCUCGCAUUUAUGAGCUGAGCGUUCCAGUCGCCACUGGGCAGGUCCUGGAGGUGUGGGGCCUCCUGCGCCGCCGCUGCCUUGAGCCGCCUCCUGAAGGCGUCAAGACGCCGCACGCUAUUCCUGGCCGAUUGCAACGCAGCUGCAGAGAAGUUCAGCGGUCUCCUGUAGGCACACACGGACAUGUCUGUGAAGCCACACGUGUCCAGGUAUGUCGCCCCGGAGUGUGUUGACAUGUCGCGCAUGUACCUGUAGUUAGAUCCGACGACAAGGAAUCGGAAUGCCCGUACAUCGUCUUUGGUGGGACAGCACUGUCUGAGUGUGAGGAAGUUUCUCUUGGACUUGGACAUUUUCUCCUGGUUGAUGUUGACAAAGCCAUUGUGCACCCAGUAGCGGCAAAAGGGCUGGCCACUCGCACCUUCAGACUGGGCGAUCUCGUUCUCGUGAUGCGGGAAGAUCAAAUCGAUCCCACCUAAUCAAUGACACAAAGGGAGAGAGGGAGGGAGGGAGGGAGGGACAAUGAGUCAGGUAAUAAGAGCAGGGAGCGAGGGGAGGGGACUUGGCGCUGGUGUGGAUGUGGCGUGCACGCGCUAGGCACCUACCGGCAUGGAUGUCGAUGGUGUCCCCCAGGAGCGCUUUUGCCAUGGCACUGCACUCAAUGUGCCAACCAGGACGACCACGGCCCCACGGGCUCUGAACGAGCAGACAACGGACCACGCAUAAGGGCAACACAACAGAUCGUCACCAAUCACUCCCAUCCAUCGUUCGCGUCUUUGUCUUCGAGGUCACUCACUGGCUGGUUGUUUACUUACAUUCCACCAGACGUCUCCGUCCUCCUCUUUGUAUGCCUUCCACAGGGCGAAAUCCUCCGCCUCCACUUUGCCAGUCCCGGCAGCAUCAGCAUGGUCCGACGCGACCUCCUCAGACUCCUCAGACGCUGACCCAUCCCUCUCCCCACCACCCGCACGGAUGCCGCUCAGAAACCGACGGUCGGUCAGCACACCAUAUCUGUCCAUCAAAGCAAGCAAGCCACCCACCCACAAAAGCCGACAGAUAGAUCCAUUUAUUGGAUGGGUGUGUGAGUCAAUCGGCGAGUGUACGUACGAACCUCUCGCAUUUCGACACGUUGAAGUAGACCGAGGCGGCGGGCAGCUCGAUUGCCCCCUGCUGGCGUGGCUGCUCCUGUGCUGUGUAUGCUAGACCGUUGUCGAUGAGGGUCUGGAUCAUCGCCUGCAUCUGAGGGAUGUAGUCACUUGCGCGGGGGUAGUGGGUCGCAGGCAGAACAUUCAACGCCUGACGCCGCCCGCCACAGAGAGACAGACACGACACGACACGACACGACACGACAUACACGACACAACGAAGGAGCUGAGCUGCCUACCCCCGGCGUCGGCCCACCCGUGCUUGACUUACUGUGAUCGGCAGAUGCCUGCCUGCUUACCUUGAUGUCCUGGAAGAACAAUUGCGUGUAUGUGUUGGUGAGCUCGGUCCGCGACACGCCCUCAUCGCGCAUUCUCUGAAUGAUCUUGUCAUCGACGUCCGUCAAAUUACACACGUGCACUACAGUAUACCUGCAGGUAAACGGCCGCACGUCCAUCCAUUCAUUCAUUCAUUCAUUCAUUCAUUCAGCCAACAAAGGGAGGGAGGUCAGGCCCGUAUGUAUGCGUUGUGUGUGUAGUCAUUCAUUCACGUUGUGGGCUGGGCUAUCUACCUAUCUGCCUACCCAAGGUAGAUGAGGAAACGCUUGAGCAGGUCAUAGGUGAGGAAGGCGCGGAAGUUGCCAAUGUGGGCCGCGUCGUAGACUGUCGGGCCACACGAGUAGAAGCGAACUACCCGCUCACUGUCCAGCGGUGCAGCGCUUGACGAGGGCAUGCCGGCAUCGAACGACCGCUUUGUCCGCUCGCCCGUGUCAAACAGCCGGAAGCGACGGUCCGCACUGCCAAUGGAUGAACCUGACACUGUUGAAAGGCCGCCUCGCGAAGAUGAUGGGUGUUGAGGACCUCUGAAGCUGAUGAGCUGCGGGUGACUGGAAGCCCAACCCAUUAGUAGUGGAGUGAAGGCAUUUGCCGCACAGCAAACGCUGAAGAACGCGAGUGCGGUGACGGACGGCGAAUGACGUGUGGCAUUCAUUCAUCUCAUUGCCUGCACACAGACCCAAGGAACUCAGGAAAGAAAAGGAUUCAUGAAUUCGAAGAUCACCUCCUGCGAUUGAAGAUCCAGGUCAUUCUGCGAUGUGAGAGCGCUGUGCUCAGCGGGGAAUCCC